CGGUGGGAUUGCCUCCAUCAUGCGCACUUGAUGACCGCUCACGAAUGCGAUAUAUACCCGCCGGGACCGCGACUGCCCUGGAGACAACGAUCCAUUCAUCUUCUGCGGCCUCAGACCGUAGCUAUGGCGGCGAGCGGCCGGAGCAGGGAGGAGCGGUGGAGCCUGGCCGGCAAGACGGCGCUCGUCACCGGAGGAAGCAAGGGGAUCGGGCGCGCGAUCGUGGAGGAGCUCGCGGGGUUCGGGGUGCGCGUCCACACCUGCGCCCGCGGCGACGCCGACCUGCAGGAGUGCCUGCGCCGGUGGGGCGCGGACGGCCGCCUCGCGCGCGUCACGGGGACCGCCUGCGACGUCGCGGCGCGCGCCGACCGGGAGCGCCUCGUGGCCGCGGCGCGGGAGGAGCUGGGCGGCCGCCUGGACAUCCUCGUCAACAACGCCGGGCAGACCAUGUUCCGGCCCGCCACGGAGACCACGGCGGAGGACUACGCGCGCCUCAUGGCCACCAACCUCGACUCCUGCUUCCACCUCGCGCAGCUCGCGCACCCGCUCCUCGUCGCCGCGGCGUCAGGCGGCGGCGAGGCCAGCAGCGUGGUCAACGUCUCCUCCAUCGCGGGGUUCGUCUCCUACCCGGCGCUGUCCGUGUACUCGGCCACCAAGGCCGCAAUGAACCAGCUAACCCGGAGCCUCGCCGUUGAGUGGGCCAACGACAACGUGCGCGUCAACUGCGUCGCGCCGGGUGGCGUCCGGACCGACAUCGCCAGCAGCAGCGGCCUGAAGCUGGACCCGGAGGUGGCGCGGAAGAUGGGCGAGGCGGAGAUGGCGCGGGCCCCCCUGCGCCGCAUCGGCGAGCCGGAGGACAUCGCGUCGAUUGUCGCUUUCCUCUGCAUGCCCGCUGCCUCCUACAUCACCGGGCAGGUCAUCUGCGCCGACGGUGGCCGCACCAUUGCCGCCUAGUAGGCCUUUCUAGCUGUUAGCUGCGUCGCCGGCGCUUGAAUUGGCUAGCAUGAUUAAACUCCUCGUCUCGUACUUUCAUUUUCUAAUAAUAAAUUAAUUAUUAUGGCCGGGUUCAGUCAAACCGUUUUUCGAUCU